GCUCCCGCCCGGCUGGCGGAAGGACCCGCUCCCCAGAGGCCGCGGGCGGAGAGGACGCCGCGGGACUGGAGGGUGGGGAAGCAGGUUCAACUUCUCAUCUUUGUCCUUCUUCAUGUACUCCAGCUGUUUUCUGCGGUUUAGUAAAAAAGCCAUGUAAAUUGCUGUCCUUUGAAGACUUUUUUAAAGACUUCUAGUAAGACAGCUGAAAGAAAAAUGGAAGUAUUUCAGGAACUUCGUAAACCAUCAGUACGUUUGGAGUGUGACCACUGUAAUUUCAGAGGCACGGAUUAUGAAAAUGUACAAAUCCACAUGGGCACCAUCCAUCCAGAAUUUUGUGAUGAAAUGGAUGCUGGUGGGUUAGGUAAAAUGAUAUUUUACCAGAAAAGUGCAAAGCUAUUUCAUUGCCAUAAAUGCUUCUUCACCAGCAAGAUGUACUCUAAUGUAUACUAUCACAUCACAUCCAAACAUGCAGCCCCAGAGAAAUGGAAUGAGAAACCAAAAAAUCAGUUAAACAAAGAAACAGAUUCUGUGAAAAGCCCUCCUCCUCCUGAACACCAGAAAAUGCCCCCUAAUUCAGAACUCCAGAAAUCUGUACCUGCCCUUUCCAUAGAAACAGAGAAACUUGACCCAGUUUUGUCUCCAGAAUCACCCAGACCUACUCCUCUUACUUCCUUGGAGCCUCAGAAGCCUGGCCAUGUUUCUCCUGAGCCACAGACACCUUCUCUUCCUUCUCCUGAGCCACCAAAAACUACCCCUGUUUCUUCUCCUGAACUUUCAAAAUCAAUCCCUAUUGUUUCUGAAUCUCAGAAACCAGUCCCAGUUCCUUCUCCAGAACCACAGAAACUUGCUCCUGUAUCUCCUGAGCCAGUAAAGGCUGCUCUUAUUAAUCCCAAACCUCAGAAACACUCCCAUUUCCCAGAAACAUUGGGGCCACCUUCAGCCUCCUCUCCAGAGUCACCAGUUCUUGCUGCUUCUCCUGAACCUUGUCUGUCCCCAACUGCAUCUCCAGAGUCUCGGAAGCCAGCCCGGACAGUCUCCCCUGAGCCAAGGAAGCCAUCCCCGUCAGUGUCUCCUGAACCUUGGAAGCCAUUCCCUGCUGUCUCUCCAGAGCCUAGGAGACCAGCCCCAGCUGUGUCACCGGGUUCUUGGAAGCCAGGGCCACCUGGGUCCCCCAGGUCUUGGAAAUCCAGUCCUUCAGCAUCAGGACCCUGGAAGCCAGCUAAACCUGCUCCAUCUGUGUCUCCUGGACCUUGGAAACCAAUUCCUUCUAUAUCACCUGGACCUUGGAAACCAACUCCUUCUAUGUCCCCUGCGUCCUGGAAGUCUUCAUCAGUCUCACCUGGUUCCUGGAAAUCCCCCCCCGCAUCUCCUGAGUCGUGGAAGUCUGGCCCACCAGAACUGAGAAAGACAGCUUCCACCUUGUCACCUGAACAUUGGAAGACAGUUCCCCCAGUGUCUCCUGAGCUCCGUAAAGCAGGACCCCCCUUGUCUCCUGAGCUUCGCAAACCAGGCCCACCGUUGUCCCCUGACAUUCGAAGUCCAGCAGGAUCUCCAGAGCUCAGAAAACCCUCAGGAUCGCCAGAGUUUUGGAAGCUUUCUCCUGAUCAGCGGAAGACUCCUCCUGCUUCACUCGAUUUUCCAGAGUUCCAGAAAAGUUCCCGUGGUGGUUCCCCUGAUCUCUGGAAGUCUUCCUUUUUUAUUGAACCUCAGAAACCUGUCUUCCCUGAGACCCGGAAACCUUCUGGGCCAUCUGAGUCGCCUAAAGCAGCCUCCGAUAUUUGGAAGCCCGUUCUUUCUAUUGAUACUGAGCCUAGAAAACUCGCCCUGUUUUCUGAGCCUACCAAAACAGCCCCUCCUGCUUCUCCUGAACCACGAAAACGCGCUCUUUUUCCAGAGCCACGGAAACAUACCCUUUUCCCUGAACUUUCCAAAUCUGCUGUGUUCCCAGAAUCUCAAAAGGCAGUUGAAUUGGGAGAUGAACUGCAGACAGAUGCCAUAGAUGAUCAAAAGUGUGAUAUUUUGGUUCAGGAAGAACUAGCUACACCUAAGAAACUCUUAGAAGACACUUUAUUUCCUGCCUCAAAGAAGCUCAAGAAAGACAACCAAGAGAACUCUGAUGCUGAGCUUAGUAGUAGUGAAUAUAUAAAAACAGAUUUGGAAGCAAUAGAUAGUAAGGGCCAAGAAUCAAGCAGUGAUCAAGAGCAAGUUGAUGUGGAAUCUCUUGAUUUUAGUAAAGAGAACAAAAUGGACAUGACUAGUCCAGAGCAGUCCAAAAAUGUACUACAGUUUACUGAAGAAAAGGAGGCUUUUAUAUCUGAAGAAGAGAUUGCCAAAUAUAUGAAGCGUGGAAAAGGAAAGUAUUAUUGCAAAAUUUGUUGUUGUCGUGCUAUGAAAAAAGGUGCUGUUUUGCAUCAUUUGGUUAAUAAGCAUAAUGUCCAUAGCCCUUACAAAUGCACAAUUUGUGGAAAGGCUUUUCUUUUGGAAUCUCUCCUUAAAAAUCAUGUAGCAGCCCAUGGGCAAAGUUUACUUAAAUGUCCACGAUGUAAUUUUGAAUCAAAUUUCCCAAGAGGCUUUAAGAAACAUUUAACUCAUUGUCAAAGUCGGCACAAUGAAGAGGCAAACAAAAAGCUAAUGGAAGCUCUUGAACCACCACUAGAAGAGCAGCAGAUUUGACUUUUGAAAACAGUGGCUACAUGCUCUACAAAGUUGUUUGUUGAAAGUAUAAGUUGAAUAGCCUAGUUGGGUCAGUAGAUGUUGCUAUGUAUGGUGUAUAGUGUUUGUCUCAAUAGUGUUCACAGAAUAGACAUUUGUUAUCUUU